AUGCCCUAUGAAGACGGUUGGCGUGCUAUAGUUGAGGCUAGGGAGGGGAAACAUACCGCCUACGCCCCGCUCGCCCGGUUCCUGCGCUUCGGCGGCUUCACGGACGGAGAGCCAGGGCGCAGUGCUCAACACUGCGAUGAUGACAGGGAGAACUCUGCUAGGAGGCGGUUGUUACACUUACUGCAGACUACGGGAGUCAUUACCGUAAUGGAGGUUGUGUCUCGCUGGCGUGGAGGAGUAAACAUUGGCCCAGACCGCUUUCGUCACAUUAACAGUGUGGCGAGGCAGGUACUGCAGCAGCUGGGCUUCGUCAAGAAAAGUAGCGACCAGAUCCUGCUACAGUACUGA